GAAUGUGUCUGGAUAUCUGUGCGGCUUUGGAAACCUGCAUAACUUCCACCUGGGAGGUACCUGGCUUGUGAUGGUGCUCUAGGAAAUCAUUCCUUUCUGAUCCCGUUCUCUGACUGUGUCCUCUCGAUAGCUCUCUCCUUUCUAACUCUGCUGUGGAAAUCUUUCGUCUUACACUCUGGAAUCCUUGUUUCUCUGAUUUUGCGAUCACUCUGACCCUGUACUCCAGGAGAUAUUAUUCACUUGCUGUCUCUCUCUGAAGUAUUUGUUUCUCUGACCUUGUAUUCUAUUAUUUCUCUCUGACCCUAUGCCCUGGGAGAUUUCUCACUCUCCGACCCUGUGCCCUGGGAGAUUUCUCACUCUAACCUGUUUUGGGAGAUUUCUCACUUGCUGACCCUGAGCUCUGGGAGAUUUCCCACUCCCUGACCCUGUGUUGGGAGAUUUCUCACUCGACCCUCUGUUGGGAGAUUUCUCAUUCUCUGACCGUACACUGGGAGAUUUCUCACUCCCUUACCCUGUGCUCUGGGAGAUUUCUCACUUUCUGACCCUGUGCUCUGGGAGAUUUCUCACUUUCUGACCCUGUGCUCUGGGAGAUUUCUCACUACCUUACCCUGUGCUCUGGGAGAUUUCUCACUUUCCGACCCUGUGCUCUGGGAGAUUUCUCACUUUCUGACCCUGUGCUCUGGGAGAUUUCUCACUACCUUACCCUGUGCUCUGGGAGAUUUCUCACUUUUUGACCCUGUGCUCUAGGAGAUUUCUCACUACCUUACCCUGUGCUCUGGGAGAUUUCUCACUUUCUGACCCCGCGCUCUGGGAGAUUUCUCACUCCCUGACCCUGUGGCCCUGGUUUGGAAACCUCUGUGUGUUCCGGGUGCUAUGCACUCACUGGACUCGACGCUGCUGUUGCCGCCACCAGCACUUUGUGAUUGCUGGGAAACCUUCGAAAAUGCCGGUCAGGAGCAGAUACAACUUGGUGGACGAUGUCGGUGAUUCCAGGACCCCCCUGCAUAACGAGGAGGCUUUUCAGCAUGGCAUUCAUUUCCAGGCCAAGUACGUCGGGAGUCUGGAUGUACAAAGGCCAAACAGUCGUGUGGAGAUAGUGGCGGCCAUGCGAAGGAUACGGUAUGAGUUCAAAGCCAAGAACAUUAAGAAGAAAAAGGUGAGCAUCGUGGUGUCUGUGGACGGAGUGAGGGUCGUUCUGAGGAAAAAGCAAAAGAGAAAGGAAUGGACGUGGGAUUCGAAUAAGAUGCUGGUGAUGCACGACCCUAUUUACAGAAUAUUCUAUGUCUCACAUGAUUCCCAGGAUUUAAAGAUAUUCAGCUAUAUUGCCAGGGAUGGCAUCAGCAAUACCUUCCGCUGCAAUGUGUUUAAAUCAAAGAAAAAGAGCCAAGCAAUGCGAAUUGUCCGUACAGUGGGGCAGGCCUUUGAGGUCUGUCAUAAGCUGAGUUUACAACAUGCUGAGCAAAAUGCAGAUGGGCAGGCGGAUGGUGCAAGCAACAAGACAACAGGAGAACAAUUCGCUGGAGGUCACCAGUUACCUGGAGCAGAACAGAAUGGGACAGUGGACAAAGAUGUGGAAUCCUACAGCACCAGUGAGUUACCGUGCGAUGGGAUUGAACUGGAAAUCAUUAACUCGGCACAAACUCAUAAAGAAAGAAAUUAUCAGGAUUCCAAGAAUGGGGCUCUUUUGGCUUCGGCAAUGCAGCUGCCACAACCUCCCAGCAGCCAGUGCUCCUCCCCGACCCCGCUGGCGUCCCAGCACCACUUGCAGCUGCUCCAGCACCAGCUCGUACAGCAGCAACAACAGACUCAGGUCGCUGUGGCACAGGUGCAUCUGCUGAAAGACCAGCUGUCGGCUGAGACUGCGGCUAGAAUCGAGUCCCAGGCCCGUGUUCACCAGCUAAUGUUACAGAACAGGGAUCUCCUGCAGCAUGUGUCCCUAUUGAUCAAGCAGCUGAAGGAUCUGGAGAACAGAAUGUGUACACAGCAAACGGCUGAUCCAAGUUUGAGUUCCAUUUCAGAACAGAUUUCAUUGUUGAGUCUUCACCACCAUGAUCUUAUAAUGAACGGACCCUCCACCUCAACUCCUGGAAAGGCUCAGAUUGCUUCUUGUGAACCAAGCACACAGACUUGCCAUGUUAACAGUCAAUCUUUCAUAAAUCUCAUGAAUUUGGACAAAGAGAACCAGGAACUAAAGCCGGAAAACAACAACUACCGGACAAUGAAUGGGAAGAAAGAGACAAGCAGAAGGAUUGAAGGCUCAGAGGUCAAUGAAAAAGCCCGGGGAGAGAUUGCCACUGAAUUUAAAUUGGAAGGUCUGAACCUGGAAGCAAAGACUGAAAGGUUUAAUCAGACCAUUCCACGAUUAAACCCGCCACCACCCGUCAUGCGGAAGCGAUCGACUAGGUCGCUCCUGAUAGCCACUGAGACAACUUCGCCAUGCAUCGAGCAAGUGGUCAUGAACAGCCUGCUGCAGAGUUCAUAUGCGUCACGUUUUACAGAUGUUUCCUCCUGCACUUUUGCUCCGUCCGACUUUGAACCUGAGGCUGGACUGUCUGCAGAGAUGCGAAGGACCGGGUUUUCACCUGCGGAUCUCCAUUUUGCAGCCAAGCCUCCCGCUUUGAUCCUCGGCAAAGGGUCAAGUGAGAAAAACAGAACUGUGAACGCCACAUCUGGAAGUUGCGAGAACCAAGCUUGGACAACGAUGCCCCUUGUAGAUUUCCAACUCUGCAGCCGAGACAGUGACUGCGAUGGUCUGGACUAUGCCAUAAGCAACUCACCCUUUUCCCCACCAGCCAAUGAGACCUGCCUGCACAUCAGCUUCUCAGAGGAUGAGUUGUUGUACCAUGAUGCUGAAGAUCCGAGAGAACAUCAAAGAGCCUCAAUGGAGGAUACAGAGGAUCAAAACUUAAAUCGGCUAACUUCUGGCUAAAGCUGUUCUUUGUUGCUACAGGAACAUUUUCAUUACAUAUUCAUCUUCAGCGAUCUCAGAAUUACACUCUUGCGUGUUUCAAGAACAACUGACCUCAAGCUGUAAAAAGAGCCUAUAGGUCUGGAAAGCGUUUCAUAAUGCUUCCAUGAUUACUAGUCGGCUGAAGGGUGAUUUGUCUAUCACAUGCCCAGUAAGAGGACUAGAGUUUGCUAAAUUUAUUUGAGACCGUCAACAGUCAGGACUAAAUUCAAGCCAGCUAUACAUUUCCAAGUUGGUUUGGGUUCACCUUGUAAACGGACAACAUAAAUUCCAACAGCAUCAGAGAAUGUGCUAGGAGCAGAUUUUCCAGGGAUGUAAUUAUCAAGAAAUAGAGGAGAUUAAGUAUCAUAUACAAUGUUACCGUGUCCGAGGUGCCUGUACACAAAUGUUUUUCCUUUCUCAGAGCAUUGUAAAUCCCACUAUUGUUCAACUUGCAAGUUUCACCUGUAGUCUGUGGAGAGGAAAAAUGGGAGAUUUCUCGAAAGAUAUUAUGAUUCUCCUCAGCCUCUAAUGGUGAGUUCUCUGAUAUACUGUACAAGCACCUGGAGACCUCCUCACUACCAUUGACAUCAGUGUUCAGUGUUCCUGCUAAGCUGCAUGCAUGUGAGGCCCCUGAGUAAUUCAGAGGGCACUGCUCACAUUAUCCACUUUACAUGCAUAAAGUUAGUGGGAUGCUAUUAAGAAGUUAUUAAAAAGAAAAGGCCAUGAACAAAGCAUAAUUUAGAGGGGACACUGAUUUAUUCUACACUUUCUUAGGGUGCCUUUCCAAUGAAAAUGACACUGUUGCUGAGACUGUUAUCACAUUCUAAGAUAUUUUCGUUUCUCAAAGUAGUGAAAUCAGCAGAUGUAACGGCUACUCUUGCACUGCCAUUUACUGAAUGGCUGACUGGGAAAGCAAUACACAAUCUUUACAUUGAGUCAGUUUUAUAUUAUAUACAAUAAUGUAACUAACUUUGAAUACACUGUCUAUCUGGAGUAAAACCCUAUUAUGUCUUACAUUGUGAAAUAGAUCAGAAGUUUUGUGAUCAUUCUUGCUUUGGAUAGUCAGUAAUGGUAUUGCUUUUGAGCUGCUUCUGUCUCCCACCCAUCAAGUGACAUAUUUCCUCCCACGACUGCUACUGGGCCAUUCACCCCAGUGACAUGAGAGUUCUUGCAACCUGCUUUAGGUCUAUGUGAAUGGUGAAUAUUUCCUCCUGCACUUUUCUUUAUCUAAUUUUGAAUCUGAGAGUGGAUAACCUGCCAAGGGAGAGUAAAGUCCGCUUUGGGCCUUGGGGAUCUGUGUUCUACAUUGAAAUCUGCCACUUUUGUCAGUGGACAAAGAAUUGAGUGAGAAGAAUAGGACUGCAAACACUAUGCAUCUGAUUUUAAGCCAUUCAAAACCUACCUAUUUGCACAGAGUUAAAAUCAGGCCUGAUAUUCAAAAGUCACAAGAAUUAGUCCAAAACGGCUGUGCCUAUGCCAGGUUACCACUGCCGUAGCUCUACUGGCAACCAUAGGGUUUUGCACUGUGCCAACACAAACUUACCCUUCCCCACCACCACCUCAACACCCACAAUCCAGUGAAAAGUACCUACAUCACCCCCUGGUGAUAGGAGUUGGUGACAUAGCUCAUUUAAUUUCUGACGGCACACACUUCAGCAUUGCAGUGCCAUUAUCCACACAAUGAGUACAUCAUCUCACCCCAAUUGUCUAUAGCCUCAAAAUUUUGUUUUACAAUGCUCCCAGCAAGUUUUAUUGCAUUAAAGGCACAAUAAAUACAUGUUGUUGUUGUAGUCAUGCAAAGAGCAGGUGGAAAAGCCCACGUGACCUCUCCGUACUUGUUGGCCUCUACUGCAUACCUCUUGUCCGAUGUGUAGGGCAACCAGGGAUCAAUCGUCACUCACUUGGAAAUUAUAUGCACUGUAAAAUGGACAAAAAUAAUUUUAGAAAGGAUGCCUGCAACAUUUGACUUUCUUUACAAAUGAAACUCCUCCUUUGAAGCAUUUUCUCCUAAUUCUAGCACACCGGCUUCCCUAAGCCGCACACCCUCCAUACCUGCUGGAACAGGGCUGCUUUGUGAACUUACUCCUAGUAAUUUACAUAUAAAGUGUUCUAUUGGGGUCACUAUCCUUGCAGUCGACACUUGACCCUGAUGAGAGGUGCCCGACUUCAGUUGUCAUCUGCACCUCCUCCCUGACCCAGCUCAAUCUUUGUUGUGCUAGCUUGCCAAUUAUUUCUCUUGAUAUGCAGCUUUAUUUGAACUAUUGAUAACAGUCCCGUGGAAAUGGGAAAGAUCACUCCUGAUAUCCAGCAGCUGCUGGCCAUGUCAUUUAAAUGGUUGAGAGAAGAGAUAAAGGUUUAAGCCCACGAGUUGCAGGCAGCCCUUUGAAGUUUUCCACAGAUUUACAUCCGGACUCAUCCAAUUGUACUGAGCUCCGCUGCUGAUGCAGAUGUGUCUCCAACAAAGCUAUCUCAUGAAGGCAGGCAUGGAGCACAUUACUAUAACCAUGUCAAGCUGCAGAUUGCCCGACAGGUUGAAAUAGUCCUGCUCAGAACUGAUUCGACCUAGAAAUCAUUUUCAACCAUGACCCUGAAGAAAGAUCUUAUAGAGAUAGUCAUGUUUUCUUUGAAAAAAAUCUUAUUUAUAAAGUAGAGGGUAACUGGUAGUGUAGAUAUGUUGUCAGGGUAAGCAAGCAUUAUUGUAUUUUACUCAUUGCACUCGAUUAAAAAGGUUUUUGUUUUUAAGUGAGUCAUUUUAACAGGCUAAAAAAAGUAUGGUCUCAAUGGAUUCAACUUACCAGUUCCAUUGAUACAGAUUAGUUAAGGCUUGUUUCAACUGAAUUGCUGAUAGUUGUAUCUUACUGGAGCUGGAUAGGUUUGGCUCAGGCACAGUGAUGUUUUCCAAAUUUAAUGCACCUCUAAGUGUUUGUCAGAAAUUUGUAGCAGGCUUGAGCUUGUGCUUGACGGAGCAUCAUUGGGGGAGAUUUUGAUACUCUGCCAUCGUGUAAAAUGAGCAAUAAUCAAUGGAAGUAAAAUUCAGGAGAGAUGCCAAACAGGCUUCCAACUCACUAAUACCCCUUUUACAAUAUGGCACAAAGUCAAAACGUACUUCAUUCAAUUCUGUGGCAUUGAUGGAGGCCAUUUGGCUCUUUGUGCAGGUUCUCUUGAAUUAGCUACUUGGUCGCUAUUGCCAUAUCUUUUUAAUACUUUCCAUUUGUAAUUAGUACAGACUACUUUUAAUCCAAAGUAGCUUAAUUCAAAUUCUUUGCUAACUCUUUUUUUUAAUUCUGUAUUAUUUACAUUAACUUAGAUUUAUUUUAAUGAAAAAAUGGCUUUAAAUUGUGAGGAGUGGACUUUGGUUACCUCUAAGACCCCAUUUCAAUAUUACUGUGACCUCUGUGUCACUGUAGCAAGUGGUCUCAGUGGGAUCUUUAUCAACAGAGCAUGACAUAUUGUCCUGUCCAUCCUGCUUGCAAUGUAGCCAGACAGCAUUCACAGCUUUCAAUUUCAGUCAGCCAACAGAAAGUAAAGACCUGGAGGUUCUAAUAUUAAAUCCAUACAACAAUGCUGGGGAAUCUGUACUGGAUAUGAUCACUGUAGGGAAGAAUAUUCAGUAUAAAAUUCAUUAUCGCAACAACCGCCCCCCCCCCCAACUUAGGUUUCCCCACAGUUCCCAUUUUGUCUAUUGGAUUGAUCUGUGAUACGCAUAAGAUGGCUGUUUUUCAAAAGCAACACUCUCCAUACUCCAUCAAGGAAUAUCUAUGGAGUUUGGAGUAUUCAAAUCUGGAAUUCUUGCCCUGAGAAGGCUGUGGAUGCUUGGACAGUUGGAACAAGACUUUCUGUAACUAGCAUUUGCUGGCGACAGGUAAAAAUAUUUUAAGGACUUCAAAUUGCUAGCUCUUAAAAAACUGAGUUCUAAGUUUCUGACAUUUCUAAUGUUUUCAAAUUUCAAAUAAGGAAACAACUACUGUAAUAUUGAUUGGAGUGUUGGAUACAGUUAAAUUGCCAAGCGUACGUUCUAAUGCACUUGUAAUAAACAUCAAAUUUUAUUGAUUCUGAUGGAAGCUAACUCCUUUGUAAUUAGAAAGCAUCUUACCAAGCCCUAAGACUGCCAUCUGUUUUGAAUCUUUCUGCUCAUUCAGCACUUCCUGGUGGUGACUCCAACAGCAACUGGCAUUGAAUUCUCUUGUUAACCUGGUUGUUGUCCAGUACAGUUUAAAACUGUCAUGCCUCAAGGUUAUCGCGGAAUCAAGGAUGACCAACUAACUAAUUGAUUAACUCAGCAGUCAGAAUAAUAGGGUGAGUUAUCUUGACUAUAGUAUGUGGAAGCAUGUUAUAAAUGAAAGAAGUGCAUGUACAAUUUCUAAAAUACCUUUAUUUACUAAAGUGGAUUUGUGAAACUAGAGAUUGGAGUUGUUUGUGUACUCCUUGCAACCAGCUUGAGAUCUGCUGACAAUCUUGAUGUUUCUGAAAUGCCAUGCAGUGCCUGGAAGGUUGGUGGAAGCAGCUUCAAUGGUAACUUUCAGAAGGGAAUUGGAUAAAUACUAGGUGAGAAAGCUGCAGGGCCAUGGGGAAAGAACAGGGGAAUGAGACUAAUUAGAUAGGUUUCAAAAAGCUGGCGGAAGCUCACUGGGCUGAAUGGCUGUGUUGUACGAUGCUGAUUCUUCAGUGAUUAGCAUACUUUGUGACAUCUGUAAUGUUUGUACUAUGCUGUUGUUUACUCCAUAUCUCUGCUCACCGAAGGCCCCCAUUGUUGCAGCCCUAACUGUCCUUCAAAUAAGCACACAGCUUUGGCCUAGAAUUUGCAGUUGUAAUGAAGAUGAAACUCUCAGCAGGCUCAACCGUUACCAAGCAGAUACGACAGCAAUUUCUGGCAUCUGCACAUUCGCAGUUAAUUGCAGGAAUCCAGAUGCUGCUGUCAAUGAUUCCUUGCUCCUCCACAGCCUUUGCAGAUGCAGUCAACACGGAAUCAGUGAAUUGACGCGAACUUCAACUUUUUACGUAUUACCCUCAGUGUAUAAACUAUUGAAAAUGCUAAGCAUUGUUGAAUGAGGUGUGACUGAGUUUUUAAUGGUGCCCUGAAAACUUAAUUUUACAAUUUUGGAGUGCCAUUCCCUCAGUAAAAUAUUUAAUGAUUACAUUAUUUUUACACUAAUAUUUUUCCAUAAGGUUGUUUAUUAUUUCUGUUUUGCCUUAAUCGCGUGUGUAAAUCCCAAUCUUCAUUUUGCUUCUGUACAGCGAUUAAAAUGUGAAUGAUAAAACCUGCUUUUUAUUUCCAGCUUUGCUGUCUGUAGGAAUUAUUUAACUUCAUGAGGUGUUCAACUUGCUUGUAACCUGUACUGUUACUAGAUGCCCGCUAAUUCUUUGUAGGCAACUUGUCUGGAGAUAUGUGACGAUCAUCAUCCUUUCGCUGCUGACCACAAAAUCUGGGCCAUUGAGGAUCAGUGUCACUAGUCGAGGCCAUUGCAAAUUCCAGAUAAGACCAGGAUAUUUUUAAUGGAACGUGGUCGGGACACCACAUUUGGCAGAACUCAGUAAACUGUAGGGCAAAUUGCAAAAACCAUUGCUGCUUUCAAAGAUCCGCACAGAGAAAGGUGCUGCAUAAAACAUUAUAAAUUUAUUUUUAUGGCACUGCCUCUUUCAGAAAGGUGUGGCGAAUGAAUGUUGAAGAUGUGAUUUUGUUAUGAAGACUCCUUGUGUUCUCGUGAAUCAACCGCUGCUUGGUGAUUACAAAGCUGAGAAACCUUAGAAUUGCCAGAAAUAAGUAAUAAAUGCUAUCUAGAAAAUAUACCUAACAUACAUUUCUGACAUCUUAACCAACUUUGUAGCAGUUCAGCAUUGGUAGUAGCAAAGUAAUACCCAAGCACUUAGAGAAUAAGCUGUUCUUUCAAACACUUUGUAUUCCUUUUUUGUAAAUGCUGUUAUUGUGUAAAUAUGAUUACAACGACUUGGAUGAAAAAUGUGAAUUUUCUGAAAGAAAUAUUAUGACUUCUUUUGAUUGUUUUCCCCAUAUUCCUGAUCAAGCCAAUGCUGCCAUUGAUACCGAGUUUGAACUGUAGAAUUUGCAUUGCACCUUACUGCUCAAACUCAUUUGAAAUUAAAGUCUAAUAAAGUUUGUUAAAA